AUGACCCAGUUCAGCAGAAAUCAGCCCACAUCAUGCAGAGGAAAUGGAAUGACCAUAAAUGAUGAUAACAGAACUGAAGUUGCUGAAUUUCUCCUUAUGGGAUUUUCACACUCCUGGGAGAUGCAGAGCGUACAUGCUGCUAUAUUUUCACUAGUUUACCUGGCAGCUCUCACAGGGAAUCUCCUAAUCAUCAUGCUUACCGCUCUGGAUGUUCACCUCCAAACUCCAAUGUAUUUCUUUUUGAGGAACUUGUCUUUCUUAGAUUUUUGCUACAUCUCUGUCACAGUUCCCAAAUCUAUUGUCAGUUCCUUGACUCAUGACACCUCCAUUUCUUUCUUUGGGUGUGCUCUGCAAGCCUUCUUUUUCAUGGACUUGGCAACUACUGAGGUAGCCAUCCUUACAGUGAUGUCCUAUGAUCGCUAUGUGGCCAUCUGCCAGCCCUUACGUUAUGAGGUCAUCGUAAAUCUGAGGGCUUGUGUGAAGAUGAUGGCCAUGUCAUGGCUCAGCGGAGUGAUCUGUGGACUCAUGCAUGUGACAGCAACAUUCUCAUUACCAUUCUGUGGGCCCAAUAGAGUACAUCAAUUUUUCUGUAAUAUUCCACAGCUCCUGAGCCUGGUAGACUCCAAAGUAAUUAUCAUUGAGAUUGGAAUCACAGUUUUGGGUACAAGUCUUGUGAUAAUCUGCUUUGUUUCAAUUACUCUCUCUUACAUGUACAUUUUUUCUGUCAUCAUGAGGAUUCCAUCUAAGGAGGGCAGAUCAAAAACAUUUUGUACCUGCGUUCCACACCUUGUGGUUGUGGCACUCUUUAUGAUAUCUGGUAGCAUUGCCUAUGUUAAGCCAAUUUCAAAUUCCCCUUCAGUUUUGGAUGUUUUCCUGUCAGUGUUCUACACAGUGGUUCCCCCGACCCUGAACCCCAUCAUCUACAGUCUGCGGAAUAAGGACAUGCAGGCAGCCCUGAGAAGGCAGUUGCGGGGCCGUCCUUUGCUGCUGCGCACCCCAGCCGAGCCAGGCUGGCCGGCUGCCUUGUGGGCGAGCGGGAGCACGGCAGCUGCAGGGGACGCCCAGCCGGUCCCGCGGAGGGCGCGCAGCCUCCUGUCUGCCCGGGUCCCCUGGGGCCGCGGGCACCGGGGCCACGUGACCGGUGGUUUAUGGACACUGCUGCCCCGGCGCGGCGGCCAGAGGAGGGAGCCCCGAUGGCGCGGACCUUGGUUAGGGCCGGGGACCAGUGUGGGGAGCCGGCAAGUCUGGGGUGCGGGCUUUGGUGAUGGGGGCUGCGAGACCUGGUCGCUGCUUCCUCGUCGUCAUAGUCCCCGCGGGUUCGGACUCCGUGGGGUCAGGGUCGGGGUUGAGGCGCCCCCGCCACUUCCUCGUGUCUCCGCGUCUGCACUGGAGACACUUCGGUCCCGGGCGCCACUGCGGAACUCACGGCAGCGUUUCGCAGACCCCAGAUCGGCGGUAACCGAACCCGAGGUCCUGCCAGGCUGUUCGGGCGCCUCCCCAGCGUCCUCGCCACGCGGGGGCGCGAGCUCUGUCCUGCCCCAGGGAGGGUAG